AUGGGGGGAAGAAUCCCUGCCCGCCCUGGUCCUAGGUACUGGAUAAACUCCGGAGUGAACCACCGUAACCACUGCAAAGCUGAGCUCUACAGCGACCCCAAGGUACCUAGAGGGACAGGCAACACUGAAUUGCCCCUCAGGGGUGUACUCGCACUCAUCAUCAUCAACAAGGCCGGCGGUCUGAUAUACCACCGCACCUUUGCCGAAGGGCUCAACCAGCUUACCACAAAUGACUAUUUGGUUCUUGCUGGUACUUUUCAUGGAGUCCACGCCAUCACAACACGCCUAAACCCUUUAAAGGCACAUCAACCCCCAACGGCUCCUGGGCAACGUCCGGAACCGCCCAGCGGGUUGGAGGUGCUGGAGACGGAGAACUUUCGGAUGCAGUGCUUCAACACGCAGACAGGAAUCAAGUUCCUCCUGUUCACCGACACGCUGCAGACGGGCGUGACGGAAAACACCAUGCGCAAGGUCUACGAGCUUUACGCCGACUACGUCAUGAAGAAUCCCUUCUACCAGCUAGAGAUGCCCGUACGUUGUGACAUGUUUGACCGCAAGCUAAACUCAUAUAUUCGGGAGAUAAAUAAUUCGAGGUGA